AGUUGCGUUAUCCAGGCUUCGGGGUGUGUCGUCUGUUAGUGUGAAAUGCAAAAUAAAAAAGAAAGUACAUUUUUUAACCGGUUCGAGUUAUGAGUGAUGGGUUAUCAUAUCUUUCUGCCAUUAAACCUGGUCCUGUACCUACGUCCUUGGCUGCCUCGGAAGAAGAAGAAAUCAAUCUUUUUCAAAGACUGUUAACCGAGAUCAAAUCGUGGAAGAACAAUCCAGCAUCGUACAGACCCGUUCAUUGGUUUUUAUACAACAAUCAUGUGACAUCAGUUCUGCAAGGCCUUCACAAUCCAGUAUGUGGCUUAGUGGGUCUUGAAAUGGCUGCCGAACUGCUGAGGAGAUCUGAUUCUACCAUGCCUGUAUUUUCAACCAACCAAAUUCUUGACCAUGCAGUCGAUAUGGGAAUAACCAAACAUGGUGAAAUUUUUUCAGCAUACGAUCUGUGCAUACUUGCAACAUCUCUAUUUAAUUGCAAAGCAACUGUGAUAGAUUCAAACCUUAAAUCAAAACACAAGUUACUGCUUGAGACAAUAUUAAGUGGGUUGCCAGUCUUGCUUGCAUAUGAUAGUGACAGGAAUUUUUCACCAUGUUUGAAUAAGGGACAUAGUGCUCAUUGGGCAUUAGUGACAGGUUUUGUUAUUCGAAACACAGAUUUCAUUCCAACUGAUAUCUCUGAAAAGUUAGAGAUUGGUGAAAAUGUUUUACAUAAACUUAACAAGGGAUCAGCAAUUCUACCACACUUGCUUGAAAAUGCUUUGAGUCAUACUUAUGUUUACGUAAAGCAAGGAAAAUCAUUAAAAAGCAGGCUUUGGCCACUACAAUUACUUUUAAAUAGUAAUGCAAAUUUAAUAGAAAAAGAUCCAAAGAAAAAUUGGGAAAAUUAUUUUUGCCCCUAUAAUUUAGAACAUACCCUAGCUAACCGUUUUAUAGUUUUAUCCCCUUAAAAUGUUAGCAUUAUUUUACCUAGUCCUUUUAUACUUAGUGCAAUUUAAGCAUAUGUCAGUAUAUAUUUUAUGUAUUCUAAAAAGUUACAAAAUAAUUGUUUUAAAUCAUGUUAUAAAAGAUCAAGUUUACUGAAUUAUUGUUUAAAUUUUAUUUUUACAUCAGAGUGUAGUCCUCCACAUUAUUGCAAUGAAUUCUCAUUUUACAAUUUUUUAUUGAAAUUGUUUUAUCUUUUAUGUAUAUGUUUUAUUCAUGCAUGUUAGAACAAGAAAUAAAUAGAACAACCACAAUGCUGCAUACA